AUGCCUCCCGAGGUUUUGGCUUGCAUGAAGUUGAUCAAGGAAGGGCAUUUGGAAAUGAUUGAUUGGGCAGGAUUGAUCUGGUGCAUGUUGGACAAAGAGUUGAAAGCCUCACAGUUAGAGAACUGCUACUAUGCAUCGCAUCUGCAGCAUUUGAUUAAGACACAGCAUGAGGAGUUGCUCAAAGAAGUCUCUAAGGUGAACAUUGAGGUGAUUAACGAAGAGAAGGAGUGGGAGUUGUUGAGGGAGCAUAAUAUUGAAUUGAGCCAGUGGCAAGAUGAUGUUGAAAUUUUUGAAGUGGAAAAGGAGCAGAGUUCAAAGGAAGAAGAAUUUGAGGAUGAGGAUGAUGAGUGCAUUCUUUUGGGGGGGAUGUCUCCAAGAAUUUCUUCGGUGGGAAUGCCUUCUGGAAGUCUCAUUCAGGCAAUGGGACCUGGGCAAACACCUUCUAGUUCUGGGAAUGGGCUGGGCGGCAAUUCUGAAGAUUUUUUCACCUAUGGAGAAGAUGCUCAAAUGGAUUCUGGACCGUCACUUUUUGGCAAUGGUCAUAAGAGAUAUGUUGGCCAGGAUAACCAUAACAAUCAGUCUCCAACUGUUAGGAACAAGAGACUGAGAAGUGAUAGCCUCUGGGGUGCUAAGCCGGUGGACUUCGACAAUCGUGAUAAGAUGAUCGAGCAUUUGCGUGAGGCACAUCUUGAAGAGAGUCAAAAGGGACGAAUGGAAGUAUAUAGGCUCGAGAGGGAAGUGUACAUGAUGGGAAAACGCUUGGAGGGCUGCAGAAAAGCCUUAAAGGAAACACAGAAGGCGUUCUCUGAAUACAGGAUCCGUUGUCCACAAGCCAGUGAACCUCUUUACAAUGACGUUCCUGGUACGGGGGGCCUGUUCUGA